CGGUAUGCAAUUUGUCGCGCCUAGUUUCCUUGAACGGUGGAGUGUAAGCUGAAAUCCGACUAUAGGCAGCUCAUUCACUUCUGUUACGCUGUGCGAAGCAGACGUAUCUCGGAGAAUUAAUGUGCUAUUGGAAUUUCGCGCCUAAAUUUUGUUAACGCGUUUUACUUCUGCCUUUUUGAUUUCUUAUUUAUUUGGUUUAUCAGCGUUUAAUGUAUCAGCUAAACUGACUACCUAUCAACGAAAAUGCUGGGAUUUUCGAUAACCGGACUUUUCACGACGAGUUCUCCUAAGACGGAUUCCUCAGCAUCAAAUAACAGCCAGUCAUUCGGUAAAAGUUUACAAGAUAUGGAAAAGAAAUACAAAACGAUAGCCAAUAUUGGUAAUGGUGGAUUUGGGAAAGUUUAUUCCGGUUUUCGACGUUCAGAUAAACAUCCGGUGGCCAUUAAGGUGGUGAGCGGGAAAAAGGUGCUAGCAUGGCGCACGAUUAAAGGAACGCAAGUUCCAAUGGAGGUGGCCAUGCAUUUGAAAGUACAGCAGUCAGGUUGUCCGGGCAUUGUGGGAUUGUUGGACCACUACCAGGCAGAGAAUGGCAACCACAUCCUCAUUCUUGAACGGCCGGAUCCUGUGCAGGAUCUGUUUGAUUUUAUCACACAGCGCGGCGCUCUCGACGAGUUCAUUGCGCGGGUCUUCUUCCGACAGAUUGUUGAAGCCGUACAUGCCUGUCAUGCUAACGGCGUUGUACACCGGGACAUCAAGGAUGAGAACAUUCUGGUCGAUAUGCACACGGGGCGUUGUUAUCUUAUUGAUUUUGGAUCCAGUGAUGAGUUGAAAUCAGAGCCCUACCAGGGAUACGAUGCUGGCACCAAAGUCUACUGCCCGCCUGAAUGGGUCAAAAGCGGUGUAUUCCAUGCGUCAGCUGGUACGGUGUGGUCCCUUGGCAUUCUGCUGUACGACAUGCUCUGCGGCGAUAUUCCCUUUGAAAACGAGGAGCAAAUCCUUCGCAAUACACUACUUUGGCGUAAUACGAAAGUUUCUGAACGGGCCAAAGAUCUGAUACGGCGUUGUUUAGCAUACCGGCCGGAGAAGCGGCCCACUCUGGACGAAGUCCUAGGUCAUCCGUGGCUGAAUCAGUGCAAAUACGAUGAGAACUUUGCCUAUUACUUCCAAAGCUACUGCAAUCGACGGCCGCGUGUCAAAGUUCCUACGACCAGUUUUCCCAUUGCUGUGCCUUCGCAUAUGAUGAUGGCCCAUGUCGGUACUCAGUCGCUACAAGUCGCACGCGGUGGGGUACGCUCGUCCCACUCGAUAUCACCCCUGUCGCCGGUAAUGUGGACUUUCGACUGUACGGCUAUACGCAAUGAGAGCUUGGAUUCCGAAGGAUGCAGCAGUCCGUCGUCCAUUUCUGAUGGAAGUUUGGGCGUAUCAACAGCUUACUGAAGAACUGGAAUUUGCAGCUGACAAUGAGCAGUCGCACAGUCAUGACAAGGACUAUCAAUGUUUUCCCCCUAACUUUUCCUCCUUCUCUGUAUCUGUUUCCGAUUUGAUUUUUUUGUGCAAACACUGUUCGAUGGAUCUCGUAUUUCUUAUUCUCGUCCAGCUCGUGUGUGGGAAGAUGGUACUGCAGUAAGCCCGGAAAUAUGGGAAGCUGAUCGGUGGACCAUGAAUUUAUAUUUCCCGGGUUCGUUGGAUUGAAAAGUUUCGCGAGGAACAAAAAAAAACAGCAAUGCAGUACGGUUUAUCUGGCAGACCGGGACAAUGGCGCAUUGUCCAUUAUUGCCAAAAACCAACCAAUUUGCUGUGAUAGCUUUAUUAUUAUUUGGGAUGGAAAGAUUGAUGACGGGCGAGCACGGAUGUGGAAGAGGAUAAGCAAAUGUAAAUUAUUUUGGAUUCUUAAGUUAUUACUUCUGGUGACGACUGCUGUGGCAGUCGUUGCAUCUAAUAAUGAUUUGCGGAUGGAAAUUGUAUAUACAGUUCUAAUAAUUUGCUGUACAUAGAUGUUUGAUGUGUAUAUAGCUCGUGUUACCCUUCUAAUAAUCUUGCAGUUGACCAAUGAUGUUUGCUCUCGGCUAUGUUGUUGGUCGGUUUUUCUCGUCGGUUAUGUUACUUAUUAAUAAAAUUGCAGUAUG